AUGCGCCUACCCGCCACUCUGUCCUCACUUAUCAUCCUACUCUCUGCUUCGGUCCCGCUGGCUGCCGCUGGGCCCUCUCUGACACAGGACUCGCAAUGUGGGUGCUACUUGACAAACGGGACCGACCCCAGCUUCUUCUCCAAGCACAUGUUCCUCGACUUUCGAAACCUCUCCCAGUAUGCAGGCGUCCCGGCUACUAUCACCGGCUGGGACGAAAACGCUGCGGCGCCGCCCUCGAGCCAGUACUUUUCAUCGGCUGAGUGGUCCAACACAUGGUUGACAGGGAGCUGGAACAACAGCGGAAGGGAGCGCAGCGAUGCCAGCACCGAUAUGGUCAACUCGCCCAACAACGUCUACAUCGAGGCCAACAAUGACAAGAACCCGAGCUCGCAGACGUGGCUCACCCUGCGAACCCAGCGCCUGGCGGCCUUCCAGACGGCCGCCGAGAUCGAGUCCGUGUCCAUGGGCUUCCAGUUCCUCUCGAUGCGCAUGCUGGCGCGCACCGUCGGCGCGAGCGGCGCCAUCACGGCCAUGUUCACGUACCGCGGCGGCAAGAAGCUGGCCGACGUGCAGGAGUCGGACCUCGAGGUACGCACGCUUGACUCCAAGAACCUGAUCCACUACACCAACCAGCCGUCCUACACGGCCGACGGCAACACGGUCGACCAGGCCACCAAGAACGCCACCAUGCCCGACGGCCUGCAGUGGACCGACUGGGCCGUCCACCGCCUCGACUGGACCCCGACCAAGUCGGUGUGGUUCGUCAACGAGCAGGAGGUGGCCGAGAUUUCCUUCCAGACGCCCCGCGACGGCUGCAAGGUCAUCCUCAACGCCUGGAGCGACGGCGGCCAGUGGACCGGCAACAUGAGCGUCAACGCCUCGGCCUACCUCCAGGUCCAGUGGCUCGACCUCAUCUACAACUCGACGGCCGAGCCCCCGCCGCCGUCGUCGGCAAAGCGCGACGGCGACACAGUCAGCCCCUUGGUUGGGAGAGACCAAGCGGCCGCCGCCUGCAACGCGGUCUGUAGCAUCGACGAGACGCCGACUCAGGGCCAGCCCGUCAUGCUCUGGAACAACGAGGGACCCCGGAGCAGCAACACCAGCGCCACCACCAGCAGCGGCCGGGGAAGCCUAGCUGCCUGGAUACCGUCGGUGCUGAUCUCGACCAUGGUGCUUCUAUCAACGAGCCUUGUGCUGUAA